AACUGGAGGGUUGAGGAACAGAGGAUUAAUACACAAAAUUAAAACAAGAGCACUUGUCAGUUGUAUAUACCAUUGUACGUAGUAUAUGAUGAGAACCUUCCCAACGAAACUUCUGCUGCUGCUUUCUUCUCUUAUGCUGAUCAUGAUUCUAGCAACAUCAGGCUCAGUACUGGAAGUUGACAGAGAGCAGCAGCAGCAGCAGCAACAAUGGUGCGUGGCGUCGGACAAGGCAACAGAUGAAGGUCUUCAAGAGGCGCUUGAUUGGGCGUGCUCAACCCAAGGGGGUGCAAACUGUAGCUCCAUUCAACCUUCGGGUAUUUGCUUCCUCCCCAAUACACUCAAGGAUCAUGCUUCUUUUGCUUUCAACGAUUACUGGCAGAAAUUCAAAGGCCAAGGUGGCACUUGCGAUUUCAAGGGCUCUGCUCUUCUAGUCCAUGCUGAUCCGAGUCAUGACCUCUGUGCCUUUCCACUCUUACCAUGAGAGAGCCAAGAAGAAGUUUUAUAACAAGGCAUAAUAAGAACAGAUAAUUGAGGAGGACCACGUGAAGUAGUGACUAAUACUACUCCCUACAAGGAUUAGACGAAGAUUAAUUACUAGCAGUACUAUUACACACGACAAGGGACGAUGAUUCUGCUAAAAAUAAGUCUUAAUUCUCAAGACACUUACUUUCCUUGCAUGGUGUACUCACGCUACUACUUCCCUCUACAAGUAUAGCUCAUAAAAGUAGUAGUCGUAAAACUAAAGAAGCCUUUUGUUGAUGUUGUAAGAGCAUGUUACUUGAUUUCUCAUGAACAAAGACUUCUUGAUCGUAAUAUUUGAA